CAUGUGACGAUAUACUUAAUAACAUCAUAUACUGGAUAGUUGUAUUGAAAAAACUAAUUUAGAUUACAUCAUGCAAUUCAGAGAUCAGAAAUAUCACAAUUUGAAGUCUUUGUUUUUUUUUUUUUUUUUGGGGGACCAGCCAAUUUGAAGUCUUCAAAACCCAUUUAAAUAACCGAGUGCUGUGAGCUAGCUCACCAUAGCAAUCAUGGAGUUAGAAAUUUUUUCAUUCUCGGCUAUCUCUACUUGUUUCUUCCUCUUGUUGUUGUUGUUCAUAGCGACCCGCCUACUUUCCAGAUCAAAAUCAAAGAACUCAAAUCCCAAAUUGCCUCCAGGACCCAGGAAGCUUCCUCUAAUAGGCAAUAUCCACCAGCUAGGAUCUCUUCCCCAUCGUUCCCUGGCCAAAUUGGCAUCCCAAUAUGGCCCUCUCAUGCACAUCAAGCUUGGUGAGCUUUCCUGCACGGUAAUUUCUUUCCCAGAAAUGGCCAAAGAGGUCAUCAAAACACAUGACUUAAUUUUUGCAAACAGGCCUCAUCUUCUUGCUGCACAAAUCAUAACUUAUGGCUCCAGAGGCAUGACUUUUAGCCCCUAUGGGUCUUAUUGGAGACAGAUGAGGAAGAUUUGUACUACUGAGCUUCUAGCACCAAAGAGAGUCGAGUCCUUCAGAUCCAUCAGAGAGAAGGAACUGUCAAAUCUUGUGCAAGAGAUAAAAAACAGUGAAGGCUCGGUUAUCAAUCUGAGUGAGAAGAUAAGUUCAUUGACUUAUGGAUUGACUUCAAUGGCUGCUUUUGGUGGGAAAUCUGGAGAUCAAGAAGCUUAUAGUAGAAUAAUGAAGGAUGUGACAAAGGUAGCUUCUGGGUUCUCUAAUGCUGAUAUCUUUCCUUCCAUUGGAGUUCUUCAAGGUCUUACUGGGUUCAGGGCUAAGCUUGAGAGAGUUCAUAACGGAAUGGAUAUGAUACUUGAGAAUAUUGUGAAUGAUCACAGAAACAAAGGUUUGGGAAGAAAUGAAGUUGAAGGAGAAGAAGAUCUUGUUGAUGUUCUUUUGAGGCUACAGCGGCAAAGCGACCUUGAACAUCCCUUGUCUAACAGUGAGGUCAAAGCGACCAUAAUGGACAUCUUCAGUGCUGGAAGUGACACAACACUCACAACAAUAGACUGGGCAAUGUCAGAACUAGUGAAAAAUCCCAGGAUGAUGGAGAAAGCACAAUCUGAGGCAAGAAAAGUGUAUGGUGGAAAAGGGUAUGUAGAUGAAGCAAGUAUUGAUGAACUGAAAUACCUAAAAUCUGUCAUCAAGGAAACCAUGAGGCUUCAUGCUCCUGUUCCUCUGUUACUUCCAAGAGAAUGUAGUGAGAGAUGUGAGAUCAAUGGGUUUGAAAUACCUUGCAAGAGCAAAGUCAUUGUGAAUGCUUGGGCAAUUGGGAGGGACCCAAAUUAUUGGGUUGAAGCAGAGAGAUUUUACCCAGAAAGGUUUCAUGGGAGCUCAAUGAAUUACAGAGGGUCUGAUUUUCAGUUCAUCCCAUUUGGUGCAGAAAGAAGAAUAUGUCCAGGAAUCAUAUUUGGUAUUGCUGGUGUUGAACUCUCUCUAGCAAAUUUUCUUUUUCAUUUUGAUUGGAAGUUGCCUGAUGAUGCUAAGCCUGAAGAUCUUGACAUGUCAGAAUCUUUUGGCUUGUCAGUGAAGAGAAAGCAGGAUUUACUGUUAAUUCCAAAAAACUCAUCAAUGUUAUGUUGCUGCAUAAGCUUAUUGUUGUUGAACCGCCAUGAUCAAUUUAUGUUAUCAAUCCUUUUUAUUGGUGAACCUCAAUUAUGAUAUGCCUUUUGUUAUGACUAAUGGUUGAAAAUAAAACCUUUGUAACUAUGCAGUCAUGUGAUGAAGAGCGACAAUGAUGCGAGAGAACCAAAAUUUAGGA